UGUGAACGGUUCUCUAAUUCCUUUUGACGUUUCCAUUUCCAAAACAACACGUUUUGUGGAAAGUUGUUGUGAUUUAUUUAUAUCCACGCGUGAUAUUAUAAAAACAGAACAAAAUGCCUAGACCGAAACCUAAAAAGAAGUUCAUUGAUAGAAAGAAGGCUGUAUCUUUCAACUUGGUUCAUCGAUCACAAAGAGAUCCUCUGGUAGCCGACGAGACAGCCCCGCAACAUGUUCUGGUGCCUAUUAAUGCCAACGUACCGCCUUCUAAAGAGAAAAAACAAGAUUUAACACCAGAACAAAGGCGGCUUGAGCAGCAGAAAUAUGGCAUCUACUUCGACGACGACUACAACUACCUGCAACAUCUGCGGGACACCAAGGAAGUCACCAUGGUUAUGCAACCAAAUACAGUGGUACAACAGAAGAAGAACAAACCGGUGGAACAGACGGAGACAGAAAGCAACCUAGCUGCCAAGCUACAACUGCCUAGUUCAGUGUUUGCUUCAGAAGUAGAGGAGGAUGUUGGGUUGCUGAACAAGGCUGCUUCACAAGGCUUAUGUCUCAACUUGGACCCGGAAGUGGUCGCGGCUCUCGACGAAGAUUUCGACUUCGAAGAUCCAGACAACCAGCUUGAGGAUAACUUCAUUGAACUGGCUAUGGGAGAAGGUUCUGGAGACAACGAAUAUGAUGAGGAAGAUGAUGCUGAUGAUGGCAGCAUGUCAGGCGAUGAUGAUUCCGAUAAGGCCUUCGCUUCAGAUCUCGAUUCCGAUGAUGAUGAUGAUUCACAGGAAGAUCACGGCAGGCGCCCCAAGAUGCCGUCGUGGGACCCUCACGACAAAGAUGACACCAAGUCUCGGUUCUCACAGUACUCUAUGUCAUCCAGCGUGAUCCGCAGGAAUGAGGGGCUUACACUACUUGAUAAUAGGUUUGAAAAAAUGUUCGCCGAGUACGACGACACAGAAGUAGGCGCGCUCGACCUGGAGGAGAUCGAGGGCUUCAUGCCGGAGACACACGACAUGCUGCUGCGGGCCGCUGAAGAGUUCGAGGAGUCGCGGAGGAAGUACCAGCUCGACAAGGAGAAGGAGAUCGCUAGAAUAAGGCAGUUGGAAGAAAUAGAAGAGGAGUCAGAAGACGACCUGGUGACCGUGGAGGUAGACCCCAAGGAGAAGUGGGACUGCGAGACCAUACUGUCCACAUACUCCAACUUGUACAACCACCCCAAACUCAUCGAGGAGCCUAAGAGACCGAAGAAAAUCCAAAUCAACCCCAAGUCAGGCAUUCCAAAGGACGUUCUAGGGAAAGACAACAAGCUAACGAUGAAGUCCUUGGCCAAAUUCAACGCUAUGCAAGACCAGCAGGAAGGUGAUUCGGAUGAAGAUGGCAGAACCAACGCUGAGUCCAUACUGUCUACUUUGAGCGUGCUAUCCAUAAGGCCAAAAGACGAAUCCCCAGAAGAGAAGAAGGAAAGGAAACGUCUCCUAAAAGAGUACAGGAAAGAGAGAAGAGUGGAGAAAAAGGCGAACAAGGAAGCAUUCAAAGAGGAGAAGAAGAGACAAGAGAAGAUCAUGUUGAACAACCGUAACAACGUGCAAGGAAACAAAAUCUUGUAAUACUUAGACGUAUGAUGUUUAUAUUAUGUUAUUUUAAAUUAUAAGGAUAUUUUAAC